AUGACCUCUAUGGAGCGCCCAGAGACCAAUGCCGUGGUCGUGGAUGAGCCAGCUGCUGCUGGGACCGCUUUGCCGGCUGUGGGGAUUGAUGUUGUUCCAACUCCCAAGGCGGCUGGUCCUGCUGGACCACCCGCUGGGGGCGAGCCCAAUUUGAGGGGAGGGACAGUGUUUGGGGUCCUCUUGCAGGACCGUGACCUUUUGACCGUCCCGUUGGACGAACUUAUGGCUUUGAGUAUGGCUUCUGUCGAGGCUUCUGACCAGUUGCUCUCGGAAACUCCUUUUGAGAUCGCAAAGGCCGAAGCUGAGAAAUGGCACCGUAGUGCUGGACAAGCCUUGGAUGCGAUGCAUGGUGUGCAGAGUGAUCUUGACAAGAUCCAACGUAUCCAUGCAGAGGAGCCGACUCGCAACCUCGCCGAGAUUCCGCUGCUGCCGGAAGGGAAUGGCACCAAUUCAGGGGUUACUUAUCAAGAGCUUCAGAUCCGCCGACAGGCAUAUCAGCUGCGACAGCAGCACCUCCGGGCUGGAGACGUGUGCGGCGAAGUCACGAACUUCAUGAGUCAGGUCGCGGAAUCGGACGAGCAUACCAAGACCAAGCUCGCCGAGUUGACCGACAAGGUCGUGGAUUUGUCGAACGGGCUGAUUGGUUUAGCCAGUUCGGUCCGUCACACGCAAGACGAACAACUCAAGACUGCUCGGCAAGCUUCGAAGAGCUUGGGGGAUGUCAGUUGGCAACUCAGUGGAGUUGGCAAAGGAGUCAACACUUCGGUGAAGGAAUCCUUGCUAUCCAUCGGUAAGAUGAUCAGCCAGCUCGAUUCCAAUGUCGGGAAGCAGUGCAAAGCACAAGAUGAGACCAAUUCCCUUUUGAAAGGUCUCAAUACCCUCAUGAAG